AUUGCAUGCUGAGGAGUAAGCUGGUUUUCCAUAACUGCUGUUGUUACUCUAUGUGUGUGUGUAUGUGUGUAUGUGUGUGUGUGUGCAGACCUGCUGGCGUUCCAGGCUAGGAGCUGCGGAGGCAUUCAAGGAGGGAGAUCACGUGAGGUGUUGCAGUCGCUACGAGGGAGAGACGGGGCUGGUUGUCCGGAUCGAGCACAUACCUCGCCAUUCCCUGUUCUCAGACCUCACCAUGCACGAGCUGAAAGUGAGGCCACAGGACCUGCAGUUGUGUCUGGAGACCAGCAGUGGUGUUUGAUGCCUCUGGCCCAGUACCAACUGGGAGACAUGGUCCAACUGGACCCACAGACGGUAGGUGUGAUAGUGAGGCUGGAGAAGGAAGCGUUCAAAGUCCUCACUCAACACGGGAAGGAGGUGAACGCCAAACCACACGCCCUGCAGCUCCGCAAGUCCAGAGGAGUUGCUUUAGACAGUCGCCAGAAUGAGAUUACGUCACGUGAUGUGGUCAAAGUUAUUCAGGGACCGCACAUUCACAAGCAGGGAGAGAUAAAGCACGUGUUCAGAGGAAACGUAUUCCUCAUAGUCAGAGAUCAGGUGGAGAACGGAGGGAUCGUGGUGGCCAAGGCCAAGCACGUGGAGCUGGCUGGAGGCACCAGCCAUGCCGCGUCUUCCAUCAGUACUGGGUUUAUGCCUCAGAGUCCACGGCUCUCCAGUCCAGCUCCUCACAGAGGACCAGGUACUGUAUCAAUAUCAUCUUCUGCUAUUACUACCGUACUUGUUGCAUCUUCUGCUACUACCUGUACUUGUUGCAUCUUCUGCCACUACUACCAUACUUGUUGCAUCUUCUGCCACUACUACCGUACUUGUUACAUCUUCUGCCACUACUACCGUACUUGUUGCAUCUUCUGCCACUACUACCGUACUUGUUGCAUCUUCUGCCACUACUACCGUACUUGUUGCAUCUUCUGCCACUACUACCAUACUUGUUGCAUCUUCUGCCACUACUACCAUACUUGUUGCAUCUUCUGCCACUACUACCAUACUUGUUGCAUCUUCUGCCACUACUACCGUACUUGUUGCAUCUUCUGCCACUACUACCAUACUUGUUGCAUCUUCUGCCACUACUACCAUACUUGUUGCAUCUUCUGCCACUACUACCAUACUUGUUGCAUCUUCUGCCACUACUACCAUACUUGUUGCAUCUUCUGCCACUACUACCUACUUGUUGCAUCUUCUGCCACUACUACCAUACUUGUUGCAUCUUCUGCCACUACUACCAUACUUGUUGCAUCUUCUGCCACUACUACCAUACUUGUUGCAUCUUCUGCCACUACUACCAUACUUGUUGCAUCUUCUGCCACUACUACCGUACUUGUUGCAUCUUCUGCCACUACUACCGUACUUGUUGCAUCUUCUGCCACUACUACCAAGUACGUACACAAUUCAAGACCAGGUGGUGGUGGAGGAGGAGGAGGAGGGAGGGGGAGAGGGAGGGGGAGGGGAAGAGGAGGGAGGGACACCUCCAUCAUCGGCAAUACUGUGAGGAUAGUGAUGGGACCUUACAAGGGGUACGUCGGUAUCGUCAAGGACGCGACAGAGUCCACGGCGCGCGUGGAGCUGCACACCAGCUGCAACACCAUCUCCGUUGACCGGUCUCGACUACAGAGUGUAACGGGUCAGGACAGGGGUGGAAUGACAUCGACCUGGGGCCGUACACCAGCGUUUGGUUCCCAGACUCCCAUGGUGGGCAGCAUGACUCCAUCCUACGGCAGUAUGACCCCCAUGCACGGAGGACCGGGGGGGAGGACACCGAUGUACGGCUCUCUUACACCCAUGCACGGAGAUGGUGGUCGUACCCCGAGCUAUGGCUACAUGACCCCGUCACAUGAUCCGUCACAGACUCCACUGCAUGGCAGCAGUGCAUGGGAUCCCAGUGUCGCCAACACACCUCACCGGUCAGGAAUACUUACUUCUCCACUUCUUGUACCAGAUGACUGGGGCUUUCCGUAUGGAGAGAGUGGCUCCACACCUUCACCUGCCAGCUACACUAACCCGGCAACACCGGGCGGAGCCAGCUACGACAACCCGGCCACGCCCAGCCCGGUGGGCAUGCCCGAGUCCCCGCAGGGAAGCACGUAUUCUUCCGGCCAGUACAACGCCAGGACUCCCAUGUACCACUCUGACUACAUGACCCCUUCACCUGCCAUCAGUCCCCUCACGCCUGGCAGUAUGGACUUCAGUCCCAGAACCCCUGGCUCGCCUAUGGAGGGAGGGACUGCAGGGCUGCUACCAACUGAUAUUGAAGUGCUCGUGAAAGACAAUUUUGAGAGUCCACAUGCGAAUAAGACAGGUGUGGUGAGGGCUAUUGCUGGGAAGAUGGCCAGCGUCUAUCUCUACGACACCGGUCACGAGGUCGACAUUCCCACACGAUAUCUGGAGCCAACUGCUCCCAAGAAACUGGACAAGGUGAAGGGCAUAACAGGCCCCAACAAAGGUCUAAUUGGAGCUCUAAUCAACAUCGACGAAGGGGACGGCAUCGUGAAAUUGGAUGCUGACUCAGCACUCAAGAUCAUCGCUCUAGAUAACCUGGCCAAGUACGUUCCCAAGCAACAGUGAUAAGAGACAAUUGACGCUUGACAGCAAAAUAUCACCCCCUUAUUUGUUUUUCUUAUUUGGAAUAAACUGAUUCUGAUUUUGGUCAUGUUUUUGGUGCAUCCCACGUUGCCUUC